AUGACUUCCCAACAAAAGAUCCCUGCUCCUCCAUCCUUCGAAAAUCUCACUCCCGAUGCGGUACUAGCCGAGACCGAAAAGAUCCUUACCACAACCUCAGGUCUGCAUGACGAUCUCGCCGCUACAUUCACACCCUCAACCGCAACCUUCAACAAUAUUAUCUGCCCCAUCGCGGAUGAUACCAACCGCGCCACAUGCCGCUUGCGCAUUCUUACGACGAUACUCGGACAGUUAUCACCAGACAAGGAACUCCGUGAUGCCGCCCGUCAAGCAGAAACACGUGUCGCAGCAGCUCAAGUCAAGAUCCUAAUGCGACAUGACAUUGCAUCCCUAGUGGGAGCGAUAUACGAGAGAGGAAAGACGGCACAGGAUGGGAACCUGGACGGGCAAGAUCGACAUUUGCUUGCUCGCAUGCACGGCGAGUAUCUACGUUCUGGGUCGUUUUUACGAGGCGACAAAAAGAGAGAAGUGCUCCGGGCCGCUCUGGAGGCGAUUGAUCAGGUGCGAUCUGCCGCACAAACUGCCUUUACAGAGGAAAACGAUGGUAUCUGGUUUGACCGUGCAGAUUUGGCGGGCGUUCCGGAAACUUUGCUUGCAUCCAUGCCCCAACAAGGAACUCAGAUACAAGCGACGUUCCGAAGUGCUCAUGUCAUAGCAGUAAUGCGUCACGCAGUCAGCAGCGAGACUCGUCGCCGGUUCGCAAAUGCUGAUCAAAACCGUCUCCCCGAAAACGUGCCCCGCCUAGCUUCUCUAGUCGCUUUACGUGAUAAGGUUGCUCGUCUCCUGGGGUUUGAACACCACGCGGCUCUCAGGAUCGUGGACAAGAUGGCUCCAAGCGUUGACUACGUUGAGGCUCAGUUACAUGAUCUCCACAGCAGGCUAAAGCCACUUGCACAGACUGAGACUGCUAGGUUGAUGCAGCUUAAGAAAAGGGAUUGUAAAGAGCCUGUCAGUGAGCUAUACUCGUGGGAAAGGGCGUAUUAUCUCCACAAGCAAACCCUGGAGAGUUUCUUGGUGGACAAUGAGCUCCUUGCCGAGUACUUUGAAGCCAAUCACACUCUGCAGGGGAUGCUUGACGUAUUCCACGAGCUGUUUUGCAUCGACUUUAAGUCUAUCGUGACUUCAGUAUGGCAAGAGAAUGUCGUGGUAUAUGAAGUCUGGGACGCCCCCAGGGAGGGAGGUCAGUUUCUGGGACACUUAUACGUAGAUCUCUUUGAUAGAGAGGGUAAAUAUCGCGGUGCACACCACGUUCUGAUCCAGCCGGGUUUCAUCGAAGCGAACGGCGAUAAACACUACCCGGCGUCGGCGCUGGUGUGUAGCUUCGCUCGUCCAUCACUAUCUCGUCCAACCCGACUCCAGCACAGCGAAGUAAAGACCAUGUUUCAUGAGCUUGGACACGCUAUUCACAACAUCGUUGCCAGAACCAAGUAUGCUAUUCCUCACUCGCGAGACUUUAUCGAAAUCCCAAGUAUCAUGCUUGAGAACUGGAUAUGGCUCCCAGACGUGUUGAUUCGACUUAGUAGUCAUUUCAAGAGCCGAAAGGCCUUGCCUCGGGAACUAGCAGAGAGCGUUGCAAGAAUAAGAAACAUAAAUAGGGCGAACGACAUCCUGGCACAAGUGCAACCAGCUCUCUUUGACCUGGCGAUUCAUACGCCUCUAACUCAUAAAGAAGCGCUUGAGAUGGAUACAACUGAGGUGUGGAACAGAACAAAGAAAGAUAUCCUCACACAUAGCUUUGGACCAAACCCACAGGAUUGGGGAGCUGGACAGGCGAGUGGUAUGUUACUCGGCGAGCCAGAGCCUAAACCAGCCAUGAAGUCCCCCAGAGGCAACGCCAGGCUGUUUCAUCUCAUCAACCACGCUCGAAACAUCGGCAUUUUCCUUCUGCCAAGCUUCAUAGCUGAAAGUCAAACCUCCAGAGAUAAUAUUCAGGCACGGCCAUCGUCCUCUCCAACACUCUAUCUAGAUGGACUGCAUGGACUCUUCUCUUUUCUUGUCUUCCUUCGUCACUUUCUCUUACCAUGGGAAGAAGGUCUCGACACAGGCUUUGGUCAAAACGGCAACAUGUCUCUUACGAAGCUGCCCAUAAUUCGACUUAUUUAUGGCGGGCCUACUGUGCCCAUCUUCUUCAUCGUAUCCGGAUUUGUACUCGCCUACAAGCCACUGAAACUCAUCCACAAGAAAGACUACAGUACCCUAGGGCUAUAUACCAUGUCCUCAGUACUACGCCGGCUAUUUCGACUGUUUUUACCCUCUCUGGUAUCAACUUUCAUUGUAGCCAUCGCAGUAAGUGCUGGACUUUACACGGCUCCGUACCAAGAUAUGCCGGGUUCGGUGCCCAGGCAUCCAGAGCGACUCGGAUCAUUGUGGGCGCAGAUUUGGGACUGGAUGCGUUUUGUGGUGGUUGAUAUGACCCAUCCGUGGAGUUGGAAGUCGCCAAAGUCAGAAUAUGACAGUCAUCUAUGGACGAUACCGAUUCAAUUUCGCGCCUCCAUGAUUAUCUAUCUCACACUUCUCGCCUUGGCAAGAGCCCGUGUCUGGGUUAGAGGUACAGCACUCGUCUUCCUAUGUCUAUAUUCGCUUCAGCAGGGAAGAUGGGAGAUGUAUCUGUUUUUCGCCGGCGUCUUUCUCGCUGAGAGGAGCCUUGAGAGUCAUGAUAGUUUUGAGACUCAAUCGAGCGAUGGAGGUGAAUCUGCCAUUAUUCGAAGUCCAUUACGGUCCUCAUUUUGGCCAGGAAUCCUCCAAAAGCUGCUGUUCUUUGUUGGGCUGUAUCUAAGCUCAUACCCUCGAGCCAGAAAUGCGGGAUUCUCUACACCUGGUGUUGGCCCCUAUGGUCGUGUGGAUUGCAGACGUAUUUUGGAGGGCGGUGGAUAA